AAGAGAAAUUAUGUCUUUAUUCUUAGGAUGUGAGUGCUGAAAUAUUGAGACAACAUGGCAUUAAUGUAUGUAUCUUACUUCAAAUGUUUUUGAAAAAAUGUAUGCACAUAUGCAUGCAUAUAGAUACAUGUAAUUCCUAUCGAAUUACUGUUCUGUCUACAGUUGUCGCAUAUAGAUACAUACAACAAAAUGUUAAGAAUCAUUGAAUCUAGGUCGUGGGUAGAUGGAUGCAUCUCUGCUUAAAACCCAUGUGUGUGGAUGUUACUACUUAACUCACAAGAAGCAGCUUUCCUAAGACUGCUCACUGUUUUCCCAGGUGCUUAUUGCACCCCAGAAAAGAAGAUCUGUGCUCAUUUUGUGGGGUCUCUCCUCUGACUAUGCCCAACGAUCAACCAAAUCAAUCUUAAAAGAACAAAAUAUCCACUUCAUAUUCAUGCCUGCCAGAGCUGUUAAUUUGUUCUUGGCACAGAUACAAAAAUAAAUGUACUGUUUCUUCUUUUAUCUCUUGUCCUUAGAAGAUGGAUUUAAAUGAGUAAAUUUUUUUUUGCCUGUAUUUUCUCUGGUUGGGUCCACUGAUGUAACAUAGUACUGUGGAUCAUCAUCUUUACUACACUUAACUUUGGUACAACUACUUACACACCACACAUUUUCGCCCCCCAAGGCUUUAUGUAUGACUCUGUCUCUUCUAUAGUAGAUGAAUAAUUCUUUUUUCUUAAGCUGAUCUACCUGCUGUUGCAUGCUAACUAAAAGAUCUACAGUAUUUUCAGUGGUUCAAUAUGUUAAGGUUAGGCUGAUGAUUUGAAUCAACAAUAGAAAUUAACAUUUAGGAGAAGGGGCAACUGAUAGGCUCAGUCAGAAUUUCGGGCCAGCAAAGGCUGUUGUGAUAGGGUCAAGGGAAGGGUCCCUUUACAUCACAUUCAACAAGUGGCCAAUCCUGCUGGCGCAGACAAGGAGGCUGCUCAGCAACUGACGGGGAAAUGGGGGUAGCGGGCUGGGCACGCGCUCGGGAGUCUGCAGGCGCCAUGGGCAGAGUGAGGAACCGCGCCACUGCUCAGCGGCGGAGGCGAAAGCGGCCCGGGGAUCCUCCCGCCGCCUGCGCGGCCAUCGCGGUCAUGGGCGCCAGCCGCGCGCAGUGCCCCCGGGUCCAAGUCGGGGUCGGGAGCCACGCAGCCGCCAAGAGGUGGCUGGGAAAGUUGCGGCGGAAGCGCCGGUGGCGGCGGGUCCGGGAGGCGGGCUCCAGAUAUCCGCUGCCCUCCGCGCCACUCCCGGACCCGCCGGCGCCCGCCGAGUCCCCUAAAGAGCUGGACCUGGGCGCACAGCGGGAGCGCUGGGAGACGUUCAGGAAACUGUGGGGCCUCAGCUGCGAGGGCGCCGCCAAGGUCCUGCUGGACGCCUUCGAGUACCCGGGCCUCGUGCAUCACACCGGGGGCUGCCACUGCGGCGCGGUCCGCUUUGCGGUCUGGGCCCCUGCAGAUCUGCGCGUCGUGGAUUGCAGCUGCAGGCUGUGCAGGAAGAAGCAGCACCGCCACUUCCUCGUCCCGGCCUCGCGCUUCACGCUGCUCCAGGGCGCAGAAAGCAUCGUCACCUAUCGGUCCAACACGCACCCGGCGCUGCACAGCUUCUGCAGCAGGUGCGGGGUGCAGAGUUUCCACGCAGCUGUCUCUGACCCCCGCGUGUACGGCGUCGCCCCGCACUGCCUGGACGAGGGCACCGUGCGCAGCGUGGUCAUCGAGGAGGUCGGCGGUGGCGACCCGGGGGAGGAGGCCGCCGAGGAGCACAAGGCCAUCCACAAGACGUCCUCCCAGUCAGCCCCUGCCUGUCCCCGCGAACAGGAGCAGUGACUGGGGCCGCAAGCCCGCCUGAAACCGGCCCGGGCGGCCCUGCGGGGAGCGUCCGAGUACCUGCACAGAUCCCAUGCUGUGAAAGAGGUGUUUCUGGCCUGGUCAAACCGUGGAUUCCCUUCCAGUAUUUGCCCUUCCCCUCCGCUAGUUUUCGGUGAACUCGCUUACGAUCCAAAUCUUGAACACACCUUUGUCUGCGUAGUACAACGUUAAUCUUGCAAUUCGAUAAGGAAGAAGAGUGUCUCUGAUUUUUCAAACCAUCCAUUGUAUCUCUCGCUUUUACUGUUCUGCCUACAGUUGUCACAAAUCACCUGCAGAUGAUUCCUGUGUACUGUACGUUCCUGGUGCUAUUGUGAACAGGCUUGUUGUUUUCAGCGCUUUGCGUCUGGUGUGUAGGACGGCAACACACAACCAGUUUGUAAACAUGUGCUAGGACGUCUUCCAUUCAUUAUCGUGUGUGUGCGACGUGUGUGUUUUAGAUAGACAUUCACGUUUGCACUACUUAGUCCAGUUAUUUAGUGUUUUUUAUAUGAUAUGUUUUAAGAUUCAUUAGUAUUACAUACCUCAUUGCUCUUAUUAGACGAAUGAUGUUAGUAUUUUCCUCAGUUUUGUUUUAGAAACUGUCUCUGGAAAAGGAGAUGGGAGACAGGAAUGAGAAACGUCUGUGUGCUGUAUGCCCUCUUUAAUCUUUCUAAAUACCUAUCUUAUACAUGUGUAAGUAUUCAGAAAUCAGUAAAUAUUUAAUAAUAGAAAAGUAUGUAUUUCUAUGCUGUAUAUUACGAAACCAACUCUAAUUUAUAUGUAAUUCUUGAUAUCUGAAAUUUUUAUCAAACAAUCAGUGGUGGGUUCAAUGAUACAUAUCAAUAUUAUCAUUUUAUGGCUUCAUAGAAUUAAAAAAUAUGGAUCUUUCAUAAUUUAUGUAAUCAACCUCCUCUGAUGGAUGUUUAGCUUUUUUCCAACUUUCAGUGUAAUAAUAAUAUUUCAAAGGAGCAAACUUCUAAUAAAUGUCUGCAUUGUUCUACUACUUCGGUAAAA